CGUAAAAACAUUGUAGAUCAUUUGUAUAAAACUCUAUGAGUAGAAAAUAAAGACAAUAAUGUAACGAAGUUGAAAAUAUUACGUUACAAAUUAAAAUAAAAUUUGAAAGCGUUAUUUAUAAAGUACAUUUUAAAGAAAUAACAUUCGUUAAAUCUAAACUAAUUAAAAAAAUGACAACAUCAAAAGAAUUAAAUUUAGCUAGAAAAAGCCUUGUUGCAUCGCUUGGAGAAAAUGCAAAAGUGUAUUUUGAAAAAAUGAAACUAUGGUUUCAAAUGAAAACAACAAAAGAAGAAUUUGAUUGCGAAGCAAGGAAUAUUAUGACAGAAGACCAGGUUCAUCUUCAUAAUGAAUUUCUUUUAUGUUUGUUCAACAAAGUCAGAGGCUUAGCUGCUGCUACACCAACUCGAAAAAUAGAUAGAGAUAAAGCCAUAAAAGAAAAAAGAUUACGAUUGAAGCGUAAAUACAAAACUGACAAAUCAAAUUUUGAGCCUGCAGAUAUGUAUGUUGAAGUACUGAGCCAAACAUCAUCACCUGUUGGAGAUGAACCCAUUGGAGCAAAUCGUUCUAGCGCUCAAGAACUUGUGUUACCAGACAGAACGUUUGUUUUAGCUAGAUUAAUGCUUGCAGCAUGGGAAAAUAACAUGGAUGGAGCGGAAGAGAAUACUGCACAUAUAGUUAUAGCUGCCACACAAAUUUUUUUGAAGAAUAUACUUACAGCAAUAUUUACAAGAAGAAAGGGAUAUUCAGUAAGAGAAGGUUCUUUCAUUUACAAUAUUGGAGAACCUGUACCUAGCUCAUGGAAACGAAAUUCUACUUAUAUAUUACGAUCAUCAGACUGCACUGCAACAGAAAUAGUAGAUCCUUACGGUCAAGUACCUGCAAUAAAACCAAACUUCGAAGAGGCAGAACAAGCUACAGCAUUUGCUUAUGCAUGUUCUCCACAAACUAUUCCACCUCCAUUGAAACCAGUUAAUGCAGCUGAUUUACAGCAUACAUUAAAGAUGUACAAAAAUCUCGUUAGUAAUCAUACUAUUUAUGCCACUAACAUGGAACGUUUAUUUACGUAUGCUACACAUCCAACGUGGGAAGAUUUUGAAGCUAAGAAACUAAUAUGUCAACAAACUAUGACAUAAACACCUAUAUUUGUAAAUAAAUUAAUUAAAUUAAAUUAAAUUAAUUUUUUUAUAAAAACAUAACCC